GUACCCGGCACGGCGGACAAAGGCGCGUGCGGCGGCGCGCGAGGCGGAGGGCGGAGCGGCGGGCGGGCAGGUACGCGCCGGCGGGAGGCGGAGCCGCGAGGCCGCGAUGGAGCGCAGCCCGGGCGGGCGCCGGCGCUGGAGCCCGAGCGCCGGGCGGAGCGGGAGCCGAAGCCGGAGCCGCAGCCUCAGCCCGCGCCAGGCCAGGGCAGGAGCCCGCAGGGCCGGGCUGCUCGCAGCGGCGGCGCCCGAACCCCCCAGCGGCUGAGCAGUGACCUCCAUCCUCGCACGCGGCUGCCGGGACGCAGCGACCGAUCCAACCCGGGUCCUCCAAGAUCUGCUUGCUACAACCGUACACCUCAAGACACAGAAAGACCCAGCCUUGGGGCGCUAGGCACCCCAUCCCCGCUGCUCCGGUACACAGGGACCCCAAACCUAGGACAGCGAGAUCCUCUUGCUAACGAGAAGCCACGGGCACCCCAAAGCCUCGGGACCCGGGCGACCAAGCCCCUUGCGACGCCUUCAGCGUCCCGGCUCAUGGUGGUGGUGGUGCCCUGAGCCCCUCUCGGGCCGGGCAGACGAAGAUCGACACGGCGCCCAGGCCCCCUGCCGCGGCGUCCCCGCGGCCCCAGCCCAGACCACGUCAGACCAGCUGCCCAGCCCUUGGCCCCUUGGCCGUGAGACACCUGAUCCCCCAUAGCGGACUUGAGCGACUGAUGCCUCCCCAUCACCACUACCUGAACUCUUCCCCGCUGCUGGCUUUGUCCCAUGAGUGAGGAUGGAGCCUGGGUCAGCACUCUUGCAGAUCCUUCUGCAGACUCAAGGACAGUCAAGGCAGCCACCCCCAGGAGAGGAUGUGCGAAAGCCAGUUGCCUUGAAGAUGAAGUGACCUUGAUCAAGCCUGUGGCAUUUCCCAGAGAGACUGAGAGUGAACUACAAACUCUGUAGCCAGCAUGCUUCUGACAUUCCCCAAGCAUGAAGCUGGUGGCUGUUGCCAAAUAACUGGACCAGAGCCAGAUGCCAGCACCAGGCCCUACCACUGGCCUCGGCUUUGGUAGGGAGAAGAUGAGCGUGGGCUGCCCUGAGCCUGAACCGCUCCACUCCCUGCCUUGCUGUGGGCCGGGGGCCGCCCCUGUACCAGGUGCAGGUGUGCCCCUCCUCACAGAAGACAUGCAAGCGCUGACCCUACGCACGCUGGCUGCCAGCGACGUUACCAAGCACUACGAGCUUGUGCGGGAGCUGGGCAAGGGGACCUACGGGAAGGUGGAUCUGGUGGCUUACAAGGGCACAGGCACUAAAAUGGCCCUGAAAUUUGUGAAUAAGAGUAAGACAAAGCUGAAGAACUUCCUGCGUGAGGUGAGCAUCACCAACAGCCUGUCGUCUAGCCCCUUCAUCAUCAAGGUCUUCGACGUGGUCUUCGAGACUGAAGAGUGCUACGUCUUUGCCCAGGAGUAUGCACCUGCGGGGGACCUGUUUGACAUCAUCCCUCCUCAGGUGGGGCUCCCGGAGGACACGGUGAAGCGCUGUGUGCAGCAGCUGGGGCUGGCGCUGGACUUCAUGCACAGCAGGCAGCUGGUGCACCGCGACAUCAAGCCCGAGAAUGUGCUGCUGUUUGACCGUGAGUGCCGCCGUGUGAAGCUGGCUGACUUCGGCAUGACGCGGCGCGUGGGCUGCCGUGUGAAGCGCGUGAGCGGCACUAUACCCUACACAGCGCCGGAGGUGUGCCAGGCUGGCCGCGCUGAUGGCUUCGCGGUGGACACGGGCGUGGAUGUGUGGGCAUUCGGCGUGCUCAUCUUCUGUGUGCUCACUGGCAACUUCCCGUGGGAGGCUGCCUCGGGUGCGGAUGCCUUCUUCGAGGAGUUCGUGCGCUGGCAGCGGGGUCGCCUGCCCGGGCUGCCAUCACAGUGGCGCCGCUUUACCGAGCCAGCGCUGCGCAUGUUCCAGCGACUUCUGGCGCUGGAGCCUGAGCGCCGUGGGCCGGCCAAGGAGGUCUUUCGCUUUCUCAAGCAUGAGCUCACAUCCGAGCUGCGGCGGCGGCCUUCGCACCGUGCACGCAAGCCGACUGGGGACCGCCUGCCGGGGUCCCUGCGCCUUGAGGCUCCCGGGCCACUCAAGCGCACUGUGCUCACCGAGAGUGGCAGUGGCUCGCGGCCUUCCCCACCCAGCGUAGGGCCCGUGGUACCAGUGCCAGUUCCAGUACCCGUGCCUGAGGCUGGUCUGGCCCCGCCCGCACCCCCGGGCAGGACCGACGGCCGUGCGGACAAGAGCAAAGGGCAGGUGGUGCUGGCCACAGCCAUCGAGAUCUGCGUCUGAGCCGCUGCAGCUCAGCUGCUGCAGGGAAGCCGCGCGCUCUAACCCGUACUGGGGACAAGGAGCAGCCGCUGCGCUGUGCGGCAGUGGGAAGGAGUAGCGUAGACUAGGAGGCCCAGACACCAGGGUUGGUGGUGGGCUGGUGACAUAGCUAGUAAAUGACCAUGCGUAUGGCCGGCCUCAGCCUAAAGGAGCUGAGGCCCCUGACAAAGGCUGGGAGCUUGUGGGCCAGACUCUGAGCUCUGGAACCUGAAUACUCCUGGCGCUUCAUACCCCUUGGCAGAUAACCCUAAGUAAUAUUCCAUCCAGACCUGGGCACAGAAAGGGGGCUUUGGUGUUGGGCAGAUAUGGGCGUGAGAUCCUUAGAAACUGGCUAGGGACAGGCACUGGGUUCAUAACAGUGGUGUCCAGAAGGUCAGAGGAAGAGGCCAAGCCCCUUAUGUAGCAAAAGUUGUGUGCAGGAAUAGACCUGAAUAUCUAGUGAUAGCCCUCACUUCCUCCUGCUGAUGGGGACUUUGAACCCAGGAGGGAGAGCUAUUAACUGCAGCCGUGAGGCUUUUGGGAACAGAGCUCCAGUGUGUCCCCCUCCUGGGAGUAGGGGAGCAGAUGGCUGGGGAGCAGGAGGCUCGGCACCCCUGCGUCCCUAGGUGAGGGGUACAUGCAUGGCCCAGCCGCUCCUUCCCCCAGCACUCCACAAGCAGGGAAAACAACUGCGCCACUUACUCCUGGGGUUCUGUUGGCUGGCGUCACAUGUUGGCCUCGGUUCUAGGCCAGUACCUUCAGGAGCGGAGCACAUCACGGCUGUGACAGGACAUCACUGAAGUGAGGAGGGAGUGUGACGUGUGUCUGCUGACUUGAGUGUCCAGACACCUCACCGGGCAGCUGCCCAGAGCCAGGCCUCUGUUUUACCACACUCCUCAGGGAAUCCCAGGAGAUGCCUGCUGUUGGCGCAGGUUCUUAGGCAGUGAAACAGGAGGAAGUCACCCUGCCCCAGCUCUCCUUUGGGACCCCUGCACAAGAGGCUUAAGGAACCCCUGCAAUAACCUCAGCACAGGGAGGCUGUGCCUUCCGCCUGGCACCACCCACCUGGCCAGCCGGGGUUGCCUCUCCUAGGGUCCCUCCAAAAAGUUCCGGGUCACUCAAGGAGGUUCCAUCUUGGGGCUGGCUGGCUGGCUACAGGGGGUACCAACCACCCCUCAGCCUGGAGCCCCCACCUUCACACACACCCUUCCUCCCACCACAAAGGGCUAUAGGUCUCCCUGCCCUGCCUGAGUCCAGUUUACAAACUGUGGUUGCUCCAGGGCCCGGUCCCACUCUCCUGGGGUGCCACCACUUCCCUAGUGGACACAGGGCCCACAUAUGCCAGGUAAGUAGCAAACCCCUCCUCCUGCCAAGAGCCGAGUCUCAGAAGGCCCCCAUCACUGCCCUGACCCCCUGGGGCCACCAAGCCCUCCUUCCCAGCCGCUACUUCUCCUCUUGCCUUAGGCCUCUCCACCCUGAUCUGCAAUAACAAGGAAGCGAGAUUCCACAGUAGACAUCCCGCAUCCCAUAAGCACCCUCUCUGUUGAGAUCUGUGUGGGAGGCUUCUCCCUUGUAGUAUCUAGGAUGGUAGUCCUCAGAAGAGACUUUAGGUACGUAGUCCAGCCCCACUGUUGAGAGGCAGCAACCAGCCUGACCUGGAACAGGACUCAGACUGGGUCAGCCUCUGCUCCUGCCACCGCUGGUACUGUCUCUAUCGGUUGGGUUGGGACCCUUUGCCCCUUAGGAGAGGUGUUGGUUACAGAUGUUUACCUCAGUUUGUCACUGUUGAAGAAACAAAUAAUAAUAGCAAAAAAUUAGUAACACAAUAGACAUGGAGGCUUAGAAGAUAAACCACAGAGGAACCUCCCCUUUGCAAUUUUUCUGUGAAGUACAGUUUGUUCACGUACGCACACAUAUGUGUGCAUCUCUGUUUCACCCCAGGGCAGGCCAAAUCAUCUAUUUACACCUGUCCCAGCCUGGAUGUCCCUCACACUGCCCCCUGUCCUUUGGUGCUUCCCAGGGGCCCCUUUGAGCUGGCUUUUGGGGUAUAGGGGAGCUCCCUGGAUGGGAAGUGAGGCCUCAGGUUAACCAGAGGUCUCCCACCAGGUUCUGUGAGUAGAGAGCCCUAUGGCUGGCUGUGUGACUUUUCCUGAGCCCACAGGACAGUCUUGGUGGCUGGCCUCAGUGUCCAAGUCUGGGGCAGAGCCUGGGUUGUUCUCAAGCUGUAGAGCCUCACACCCCUGUCUUGCCUCUCCUACCCCAUGUAUUUGUAAAUACUCUGGCUUCCUUUGGCCCUGAGGAGGUUUUUAAAUGUGUUAUUUACUUCUCUAACUAUGACAAUUGCUAUAAAAUAAAAAUUUAGAAAAAUG